GCCAAAGCCCAGGAUGGCGGAAGCACACCAGGCCGUGGCCUUCCAGUUCACGGUGACCCCUGAUGGGGUCGACUUCCGGCUCAGUAGGGAGGCUCUGAAACACAUCUACCUGUCUGGCAUCAACUCCUGGAAGAAACGCCUGAUUCGGAUCAAGAAUGGCAUCCUCAGGGGUGUGUAUCCUGGUAGCCCCACCAGCUGGCUGGUUGUCGUCAUGGCAACCGUGGGGUCAUCCUACUGCAACGUGGACAUUUCUAUGGGGUUGGUCAGUCGUAUCCAGAGAUGCAUCCCUGAUGGGUGCAGCUUCUACCAGACCCCGCAGACCAAGGCACUUCUCAGCAUGGCCAUUUUCUCCACGGGGGUCUGGGCCACUGGCAUCUUCUUUUUCCGCCAAACCCUGAAGCUGCUGCUUUCCUACCAUGGCUGGAUGUUCGAGAUGCAUGGCCAGACCAGCCACGUCACCAGGAUCUGGGCUAUUUGUAUUCGCCUUCUGUCCAGCCGGAGGCCCAUGCUCUACAGCUUCCAGACAUCCCUGCCCACCCUUCCUGUGCCCAGAGUGUCGGCCACAAUCCGGAGAUACCUGGAAUCUGUGCGGCCCUUGUUGGGUGACGAGGAAUAUUACCGCACGGAGACGUUGGCCAAGGAAUUCCAGGACAAGACUGCCCCCCGGCUGCAAAAGUACCUGGUGCUCAAGUCUUGGUGGGCGACAAACUACGUGAGUGACUGGUGGGAAGAGUACAUCUACCUGCGAGGCAGGAGCCCUCUGCCGGUGAACAGCAACUAUUACAUCACGGACUUUGUGCUCAUCAGGCCUACGGAGGUGCAGGCUGCCCGCCUGGGGAACAUUGUCCAUGCCAUGAUCUUGUAUCGCCGUAAGCUGGACCGGGAAGAGAUCAAGCCUGUAAUGGCACUGGGUAUCGUGCCCAUGUGCUCCUAUCAGAUGGAGAGGAUGUUCAACACCACCCGGAUCCCGGGCAAGGAGACAGACCUGCUGCAGCACUUAGGGGACAGCAGGCACGUGGCUGUCUACCACAAGGGCCGCUUCUUCAAGGUGUGGCUCUAUGAGGGCUCACAGCUGCUCAAGCCCCGAGACCUGGAGAUGCAGUUCCAAAGGAUACUGGACGACCCCUCCCCACCGCAGCCCGGGGAGGAGAAGCUGGCGGCCCUCACGGCCGGCGGGAGGUACGGGUGGAAGAGCACCACGAGGAGAGGCUGCCUGGCCUUGUUUGUCACCCAAACCAGGGCCCUUGGUGGUGAGAGGGCAUCCCCUGGGCUGUUCUGCACCCCACACCGAUGGGCAGCAGUUAGACCAGCUGCCUCCAGGCCAGCUCCCCGAAGGCACCAUCCCCUGCACCCUCCCACCCAGCGCCGCCCCUGUGUCCUCAGGGUUGAGUGGGCUGAGGCUCGCCAGGCCUUCUUUAGCUGCGGCAAGAACAAGACUGCCUUGGAGACCAUCGAGCGGGCUGCCUUCUUUGUGGCCCUGGACGAAGAGCCCCACUGCUAUGACCCCGAGAAUGAGGCCAGCCUCAGCCUCUACGGCAAGGCACUGCUUCAUGGCAGCUGCUAUGACAGGUGGUUUGACAAGUCCUUCACUCUCAUCUGCUUCAAGAAUGGCCAGAUGGGCCUCAACGCAGAACACGCGUGGGCAGACGCCCCCAUCAUAGGGCAUCUCUGGGAGUUUGUAUUGGCUACUGACGCCUUAUACUUGGGCUACACGGAGACUGGGCAUUGCCUGGGCAAAGUAAACCCCGUGCUGUCACGUCCUCAGCGGCUGCAGUGGGACAUUCCAGAGCAGUGCCAGGUGGCCAUCGAGCGCUCCUACCAGGUGGCCAAGGCCCUGGCAGACGAUGUGGAGCUGUACUGCUUCCAGUUCCUGCCCUUUGGCAAAGGUCUCAUCAAGAAGUGCCGCACCAGCCCCGACGCCUUUGUGCAGAUUGCCCUGCAGCUGGCACACUUCCGGGAUAGGGGCAAGUUUUGCCUGACCUACGAGGCCUCAAUGACCAGAAUGUUCCGGGAGGGACGGACCGAGACGGUGCGGUCCUGUACCAGCGAGUCUUCAGCCUUCGUGCAGGCCAUGGUGGAGGGCCACCACAUGAAAGCAGACCUCCAGGAUCUCUUUCGGAAAGCAUCUGAGAAGCACCAGCACAUGUACCGCCUGGCCAUGACAGGGGCUGGAAUUGACAGGCAUCUCUUCUGCCUCUACUUGGUCUCCAAGUAUCUGGGGGUCACGUCUCCUUUCCUGGCCGAGGUGCUGGAAGAACCCUGGCGCCUCUCCACCAGCCAGACUGCCCAGUUCCAGAUCCGCAUGUUUGACCCAGAGCAGUACCCCCGUCACCUUGUCGCUGGAGGUGGCUUUGGCCCCGUAGCGGAUGAUGGCUAUGGGGUUUCUUACAUGAUCGCAGGGGAGAACACCAUCUUCUUCCACGUCUCCAGCAAGUUCUCAAGCUCAGAAACGAAUGCCCAGCGCUUUGGGAACCAUAUCCGCCAAGCCCUGAUGGACAUUGCAGAUCUUUUCCAAGUGCCCAAGGCUGCCCGCUGAGGAUUGGAGAUGUGGCCAGCUGUCCUUUCAUCCCCAUGCCAUGGAAGGAAGGGGCCCAUGGCCAGCUCGUGGCAUGUGUGAGUGGCCAUGCAGGGGUCUCAGGCUCGGAAGAACAGUACUGGCAGCAGGGUCCUCCUGGCCAGAUGCUGUUUCCGAGGACCAAGGUGCUGGAGGUGGGAUUGGAGUCAGGAUGGAAUUUGACUUUUCUUGGUAGAUGUUAAUAAAAAUAAGGCUGUAAUUCUCUCUUAGCCCUUGGGUACCU